AUGUGUUGCAACUACUAUGGAAACUCCUGUGGGAGCUGUGGAUACGGCUCUGGCUACGGCUGUGGAUACGGCACUGGCUAUGGCUGUGGAUACGGCUCUGGCUAUGGCUGUGGAUACGGCUCCCUUUACGGCUGUGGUUAUGGAACCGGAUAUGGCUGUGGAUAUGGCUGUGACUAUGGAAGUGGCUGUGGAUACAGGUCCGGCUGCGGAUAUGGCCGUGGAUAUGGAGGUACCUUUGGAUAUGGCUGUGGUUACGGCUCUGGAUGCUGUGGUUACCGACCAUUUUGCUACAGAAGCUGCUAUUCCACUUGCUGCUAA